AUGGAAGCAGCCGAGACAAGCACAUCAACUCAGGGUCCUAAAGCGACUUCGGCUGUGGCCUCAGGCUCUCGUCAUGCGGGUCCGCCCAUCGAAGUUCCACCGGGCAUGUCCAAAAACGCAGCCAAGAAGCUCGCGCGCAAACAGAAGCUCGAGGCCACCAAGCACGAGCGCCGUGCUGCCGAGCGCCUCAAGAAGAAGGAGAACAAGCGGGCACGCUAUCUAGCCUCCAAUCCAGACAGUAGCCACAAGCGAAGGAGCUCGGACUUCAGCGAGGCUGCCAGCAAAAAGCCGCGAGCCGACGACAAGGAGUACUUUGACGCUCGACUCGUCAUCGAUUGCGGGUUCGACGAGCUGAUGCAGGAGAAGGAGUCGACGAGCAUGACACAGCAGCUCAUGUAUCUCUAUUCCGCGAAUCGGAAUGCCAAGAUGCCGUUUGGCGAGGUGAUCUUGACCGGGCAAGAUGCGAAGGGGGAUUGCUUGAAGGACGUUCAUCCGGAUCAUCUUUCUCUCGUACCCGGUGAAUCGAGCUCGGAUACAGCAGAUCAGGAAGGGGAAGGAAGAACGAGCGCAGCUAGCAUCGAGAACAACAGUAUCGGCGAAGCCAUGGACGGCAAGCUACGCGGCGUAUGGAGGCGGUGGAAGCGCGUCACCAUCUACCAGCACGGUGGGAUCGAGUCUCUUCUCUCUAGCGCCGAUGACAGCUCAGCAUCAAGCUCUACACCAGCAGUCGAAGCCAGCACAACAGGCCGCCACUUUCUUCCGGAAGAAACACGUCAAGCGCUACACCGUAUCCCCCUCUCCUCCGCCAUCUACCUCACCGCCGACACCGACGACACACUCACGCACCUUGAGCCCGGCAUGACCUACAUCAUCGGCGGCAUCGUCGACAAGAACCGCUACAAGGGUCUCUGUCGCGCCAAGGCGGACCGUCUCGGCAUUCGGGCUGCCAAGCUGCCUCUCUCACAGGAGAUGAUGGAGGCAGUGGAGCGCAACGUUCGGGCGCAGGGCGAGUCGAUUCAGGACGAGACGGCGGGGGAUCAAGGGGAGAAGGGAUUUGUGGGGAGAAAGGUGCUAACGGUCAACCAGGUGGUGGAGAUCUUGACUGCGUGGACCGAGACGAGGGACUGGGUCAAGGCGCUCGAGAAGGCGCUGCCGAGGAGGAAGUUGAAGCAGCGUGGGCCUGCGGCGAAGACGAGGGAGACGUCGGAAGCAAGGACAAGCGACAAAGACGAGGCCAGGCAAUAUGCGGCGCGGAACGACCCGUGA